AUGGCGCUCACACGAAAGCAAUGGAUUGUCAUCGGAUGCAUUGCAACUUUUGUUGUAGUUGGUGUCAUCGUCGGUGUUACCGUAGGAGUUGUUGUCGGACGAAGAAAAUCUGAUAGUGUAACAGUCGAGCAGCGAGUGAAUGAUAUCCUAGCACAGAAUCCAUUAAUUGACGGGCACAAUGAUUGGGCUUGGGUUAUUCGUAAAUAUUUCCGGAAUAAUAUAACUGGUCUUGAUUUGAACGAAAUGACUAAGUAUCGUAAUAUAACGACCAUACACACGGAUAUAACACGAUUGCGAAAAGGUCAAGUUGGCGGCCAAUUCUGGUCCAUCUAUACACCCUGUGAACAUCAAGGAAAAGAUGCAACGUUGGCCAGAACUGCUGCUGAAGUUCGAGAAGCUUUUCAAGCCAAACGUGUUGCUAGUCUCUUGGGAGUGGAAAGUGGACAAGCUAUCGAAAGCACAUUUUCCAUCCUGAGACUUUUCUAUCAACUGGGAGUACGAUAUAUGACAUUGACACAUAAUUGUAAUACACCCUGGGCUGAUCAGAAUCGUGUUGAUCGACCUGGUUCAACUUUACCCAAGAAUGAUGGGUUAACUGAAUUUGGAAAGAAGAUUAUUGCAGAAAUGAAUCGUCUUGGAAUGUUAGUUGAUCUAGCACAUGUUUCGAAAAAAACUAUGCUUGACGUAUUGAAUGUCACUCGAUCACCAAUCAUAUUCAGCCAUUCAUCGGCGUGGGCAUUGUGUAACCAUUCACGAAAUGUUCAAGACGAUGUACUCCGUCUAAUAAAAAAGAAUCGCGGUAUAGUUAUGGUGGCAUUUACGCCCGGUUUCAUUACAUGCGACAGUAAAAACUUAGGAAACAUUUCCAAUGUCGCUGAACAUAUCAAUUAUAUUCGUAAUCUAGCUGGUGUCGAUGGUAUAGGUUUAGGAGGUGAUUUCGAUGGAAUUGAUCAAACACCGUACGAUCUGGUCGAUGUAUCGGGCUAUCCGAAAUUGAUCGAAUAUUUGAUUUCACAAGGUAAUUGGACAGAUGAGGAUAUCAUUAAACUGGCUGGUGGCAACAUCUUACGAGUUAUGGAAGAGAAUGAACAGAUUGCCCGCGAUUUACAAAAAACCAUGCAACCAAUGGAGGACAUGAUACCGAUAGCAGAUCUAAUCAAAAAUAACAUUACUUCAUGUCGAUACUUGGAUAUGUAUCCAAAUGCUACUGUCGCUUAA